CGACACGCCGGAAGUAGCGCGUGGCCGCCUCCUAGAGCAGCCGGGUUUGGGCAGAAAACUGAGGUUUCCUUGGCCCCAUCCCCCCGUUCCGCCCCUCGUGGCGGACCUUCAGCGAUUCGUCUACGGUUUUGGAUUUCCCGCGCACGAGGACCCUCCGCUCUCCGCGCCGACGUCACGAGGUCUUCUCACGUGACUCUCGUGGUGCUGGGAGAGGGGCGGGGGUUAGAAGGAUUGGCUUUAUUUACUUUUUUCCCCCUUGGGUCCUCUGAGGUGGUCGACGCAUGCGCACGGCCCGCUUCGCCCGCAGCUCCUUGAGUUACACAAGUUCUGAGGCCCUGCAGGGAAGAGGCGCCGCUGCUCAGGGCGGGGCUGCUGCACCUUUUCGGACGUUUGUGGAGCGCCUGGGAAGAGGAAGCCUGAGUGAGGCAGAUGGCAGCGCAAUGUGUAACAAAGGUGGAGCUAACCAUCUCUUGUAGCAACCUCCUGGAUAAAGAUGUCGGCUCCAAGUCAGACCCAUUGUGUGUGCUGCUUCAGCACACCAGUGGACAACAGUGGUAUGAGGUUGAUCGCACAGAAAGAAUCAAGAACUGUUUGGACCCCAAGUUUUCCAAGAGAUUCCUAAUUGAUUACUAUUUUGAGCUGGUGCAGAAACUCAAAUUUGGGAUUUUUGACAUUGACAAUACAACUGUUGAUCUGAGUGAUGAUGACUUCUUAGGAGAAAUUGAAUGCACACUGGGGCAGAUUGUUUCUAGCAAAACACUCACCCGGCCACUACUGUUGAAAAAUGGCAGACCUGCAGGAAAAGGAAAAAUAACGAUUACUGCUGAAGAAGUAAAGGAUAAUCGGGUGGUCAUGUUUGAAGUUGAAGCAAGGAAAUUGGACAACAAGGAUUUCUUUGGAAAAUCUGAUCCUUAUUUGGAGUUCCACAAGCAGACUUCUGACGGAAGCUGGGUGAUGGUGCACAGAACAGAAGUUAUUAAGAAUAACUUGAAUCCCGUCUGGAGGCCAUUUAAAAUCUCUCUCAACUCUUUGUGUUACGGAGAUAUGGAUAAAACGAUCAAGGUUGAGUGCUAUGAUUAUGACAGUGAUGGGUCCCAUGAUCUCAUAGGGAUCUUUCAGACCACACUAUCAAAACUGAAGGAAGCAUCACGACAUUCACCAGCUGAAUUUGAAUGCAUCAAUGAGAAGAAGAGGCAAAAGAAGAAAAGCUACAGAAAUUCAGGGAUUGUGAGCGUUAAACAUUGUGAGAUUAUAAUGGAGUGUACUUUCCUUGACUACAUCAUGGGAGGGUGCCAGCUGAAUUUUACUGUUGGCAUUGACUUUACUGGCUCAAAUGGAGAUCCUCGCUCUCCAGAUUCCCUACAUUACAUCAGCCCUAAUGGUGUGAAUGAAUACCUGAAUGCCAUUUGGUCUGUUGGGAUGGUCAUUCAGGACUACGAUACAGAUAAGAUGUUCCCAGCUUUUGGGUUUGGAGCUCAGAUUCCUCCCUCUUACCAGGUGUCACAUGAGUUUCCAUUAAGCUUUAACUCAUCAAACCCAUUCUGCAGUGGAAUCCAAGGCAUUGUGGAUGCAUACCGGGCCUGUCUUCCUCAAGUAAGAUUGUAUGGGCCCACCAACUUUUCUCCAAUAAUAAAUCACGUGGCUAGGUUUGCUGCUGCAGCUACACAGCAAAAAACAGCUUCUCAAUAUUUUGUGCUCCUGAUCAUCACUGAUGGGGUGAUAACAGACCUUGAUGAGACCAGAUCUGCCAUUGUGAACGCAGCCAAGCUUCCCAUGUCCAUUAUAAUUGUUGGUGUCGGAGGAGCUGAUUUCAGUGCCAUGGAAUUCCUUGACAGUGACAGUGGGGCUCUGAGGUCUCUUUCAGGAGAGGCUGCUAUUAGAGACAUUGUUCAAUUUGUGCCAUUUCGACAGUUCCAGAAUGCUCCCAAAGAAGCGCUUGCUCAGAGUGUCCUGGCAGAGGUGCCUCAGCAAGUGGUGAACUACUUCAGCACAUUCAAGCUCCAGCCUCCAAACAACCCUGCAGCAAAGCAAGAUGGGAGCUGAGCAGGUGACCCUGAGUAUCCAGUUCCUUAUAUGGGGAAUGUCUUCACCACCUUCCUCUGCAGUGCCAACAGGCCAGGGUGGAUAACAGGACCUUUUGAUACAGCACAUAAAAUGUAUAAACUGUUUAAGAUACUCCUUUCUUUCUUUUUUUGUUUUGGCUCUCCAAAGAUGCCAUUUUGCUUUAACAAUCAAUUGCAAGUGAGACUGAAAACUUUAUUUAGACUUAACAAAACUCUCAAACUAUGUACAUCUUCAGGAAGAACACGCCAGUUUGCUUUUUUGCAAUGCCAUCACCCCUUUGGCUGCUUAUAGUGCCCAGGACAAAACACAGUGCACCUCCAGCUGCGGUUAGGUACAGGGCUUUAGUGCGCCUUUGAAAGCAGUGUGUUGUACCCAUCUUGACUUCCUCCUUUAAGAGAGCCUUGGCUGCUCAAAGCUUGCAUAAGCUUAAUAUAAAAUGUUCAACCAUUUGCAGAGAAGCAUCAAGACCACGGCAGAGUGUAAAAAUUCUGUCUUCACCCCCCCCCCAAAUGACUAGUAUGUUGUCUUUCUUGGCCAUUUAUGAACAUUUGUAUCAUUAUGAAAUGGUGAAAAGUGAGUAUAGAGUGGUACCUUGAAAUGAGCUAUAGUAAGACUUUCAGAUGUAAAUCAUGUUGGUUGUUUUUCUAAUCAAGCAUCUCAUGUUUAUGCAAUGUUGCCAUCAGUUAGAUAUCUAUGCAACACAGAGGAUAUAAAUUUAACAAGGAUUUCAUUGACUGUAUAUCAUAUUACGAAGCUAGUUGACUUUUAGAGAAUCUGACUAGAAAGUAAUAGCAUGUGACUUGUUGUGGACUAGGAAGCCCAGUAUGUGCCAGUGAGGAAGGACUCUUCCUUGAUAAAGUAAUUUUCUCAAUUUUAUAGUUGUCUACAGAGAGAGGUGUAUAUGCUACUGAACCUGUAUUCUUUUUUCACUUUAAUUUUUUACGCUGUCUUGGUUUAGCUAGUUCUAGAAUGCCUCUCACUUGUGCUAGAUCACAGUUGGCCCAAAAUGAUUGAAUUUGUGUUGCUGUUUUUCCCUUUUGCACAAGAAUUAAUUAGAUUAUUCUGUUCCGUCUUCAGGGCCCACUAUUGCCUUUGGGGGAUCACUUACUUUUUUACUAACUGCUAGAACAGGGGUCAGCAACCUAAGGCCGGAAGCGUCCGCGGAGGUCGUUUGACCAGCCCCUGAGCCUCCCCCGAACUGAGUUGCCCACUUGCACACUGCGCUAAACCAGUGCAGCACGGCACAAGAACUUGCUUCCGCUGUGCCAAAGAUCGCGUCUGUGCAGACAGAGACACCGAAAAUCACAGGCACAGGCACGAUCUUACCCACAGAGGGAUCUCCAUGGGACCAAUCCGGCCCAGGCAAGAUAAACCUUGCUGACCCCUGUGCUAGUGUGAAAUGGAUUGGACUGAGGUGUCUGAAAAUGAUUGUGAAUUGUGUAGUAAGAAAAAAUGUGGGUCAGAUCCACAUCCUGUAAAUGAUUGCUCAGGGUCUAGAUGCAUAUUAUUCCUCUGAGGCUGCAACCAUAAGCCUUCAGUCUCCAUGUUUUGCCUUGUGAUCAUAUUAAAACUCAAAGGUGCCAGGCUGAUGUUUAUUACUGGUAUGUUCAAUCAAAUGUAUCUACUCUGUGGAUAAUCAAAAGUAGUGGUGUAGUUGGAAUUAUCAGCUGUUGCUCUGAUUGAAUGUUUUAUUCCUAUAGAGGAUAGACUACAUUGAACUAUCUCUUUUUCUCAGACCAUUGAUAACUUUUACUUUUUGUUAUGUCGCCUUUUGCAAGUUUUUAUAUACUGUACAUCAUGGUUUGUCAUGUACUGGAUAGCAAAGCAAAACUGGAUUCAGGGUUGUUUUGAAAUUAUUAUUUAGUGGAUUAUAGCCAACCUUGUAGUGCCAUUUUUAAAGUUCAGAAGUUUUGAGGAUCACAGAAUUGAAAUACAGUUAUUCUUCUUUCUCUAUGUGAAUCAAAUGUCCACAUAGCUGCAGCAAAGUCUGGAAAAACAUCCCUGUCUACUUUCAUCAAUGGUUCACACAUCUAAUUUCAAAGUGAAUGAGAAAACAGCAUCUUAUAUGGGUGCCAUUUCCCACAUGCAUUCCAGUUCAUUCAGUGUCUGUUCUGUACUGUGUAUUUCUCAUCUCAUAACAGCCUAUCUUUAAUAGCUACAGUGUGGCUUGAAUCUGCCACGUUUAUAAUGGACUUCUGGACCUACUGAAUUGUUCAUCUUUUAAUCAAUAAAUGGGGUGGGCCAGAACUCAGCAUAUAUAUUUAAAAAAAUUCCAAAAGCAGCAACCCCAGAAAUAUUAACAAUAGUUCCUUAAUGUCACAGUUUAUUUUUAUCUCCUCCAUUUGUCUCUUCAGCAUGAGUUACGCAUUGGCACCACCUUGUGGUGGAAGUUGAUCAUUAGCUGCUUUUGUAACAAAAGGAACCUACUUUUUUCCUGUAUAUUUUCAAAGCAAAAUAUAGCUUUAUGAAGAAAGUAUCUUACGGUGUAUGGUAUUUCUAUGCACAACACUAUUCCGUGUGUAAUACAGGUUCUUGUAUUUGAAGUUAGCUUCAGGUGUAACGUUAUCUUAAUGCCAUAUAACAUAGUAUAUUAAACUCCAUCUAUGCCCCUCA